AUGUCCACUGAUGUUCUCACAGAUGUGUAUACGAAACAACAAAAUGACAAUGGUUCGUGUACUUCGGAUGAUCAGUUGCUCACCGAGGAAGGCAGCGGUUUUGUGCCACCACCGUUUGUGAACAUCAGUGUCGAGUUGGUAUCAAAUCGGGUGUUUGAUCCGGAGAAGAAUGCGUCGAAUUUAAAGAUUGUGAAGGAUACUGUCGACGACUACUCCAAAACCGAGGGAAUCAAGUACCCAUCCGACAACAUUAAACAAUCCAUCGUUGACCACGGAGGAAAAUUUGCAGUCCUCUUCGAAAUCGAGGAUGACGCGCGGUGUGAUGAAGUCCGUCGAUUCAUCAGAGGCGCCAAAAAACAUUCGAAAGAACUCUCGUAUGCUGUACUGAAGUGCGACGGAGAGAAGACUCAAAUUCUCUAG